AUGGCUCCCGCGGAGAAGAUCAAGGCUAAGAUCAAGAAGACGCUGCCCGUCACGGGCCCUCAGGCCCCCACCCUGAAAGAGCUGAUGCACUGGUACUGCAUGAACACCAACACCCAUGGCUGCCGGCGCAUUGUGGUCUCUCGGGGACGUCUACGCCGGGUCCUCUGGAUCAUCCUGACUUUGACAGCCGUGGGGUUGAUUCUGUGGUAUUGUGCCCAGCUGGUCAUCAACUACUACACGGCCUCCGUCUCCGUCACAGUGCAGUUCCAGAAGCUGCGCUUCCCAGCCGUGACCAUCUGCAACAUCAAUCCUUACAAGUACAGUGCCAUAAAAGAACACCUUGCAGAACUGGACAAGGAGACCAUGGCAGCCCUGGAGUCCUUGUAUAAUUUCUCAGGGGCAGGAAGCAAGCCACGGGAACGCCGGGAGGUGGGCAGGCAGCACCCCGAGAAGAGCAAGUUUCUCAGGCAGUUUCCCCUGAUGAAACUGGACAGCCUCGACGCCAAGCCCACCGUCAAUGUCUCCGCUGGGUACAAGCGGCGGAACAGUGCUGGCAUCAUCUCGGGCAGCUCCAGCAUAGUCAACGUCAGAAGCCCCCAAGACGUUGUGGGCUUCCAGCUGUGUGACACCAGCAACAAGAGCGACUGUACCCUGUACACGUUCAGCUCGGGUGUCAACGCCAUCCAGGAGUGGUACAAGCUGCACUACAUGAACAUCAUGGCUCAGAUCGAUGCGGAGGAGAAGGAGAGGAUGAGCUACUCAGCAGAGGAGCUGCUGCUGAGCUGCUUCUUUGACGGGGACUCCUGUGACGCCAGGAACUUCACUUCCUUCCACCAUCCUCUCCAUGGAAACUGCUACACCUUCAACAGUGGGCAAGAGGGGAAGAUCCUGACCACGUCCACAGGAGGCAGCGAGAACGGGCUGCAGGUGAUCCUGUACAUAGAAGAGGCCGACUACAACCCCUUCCUGGUGACCUCCACGGGAGCCAAGAUUGUCAUCCACGAUCAGGACGAGUACCCCUUCAUUGAGGAUAUCGGCACUGAGAUCGAGACAGCCACGGCCACCUCCAUCGGGAUGCACUUUACCACAUCCCACCGUCUCAGCCGGCCAUACAGCAACUGCACGGAGGACGGAGCUGAUGUUCCUGUGAAGAACCUCUACAAUAAAAGCUACUCAUUGCAGAUCUGCCUGCAUUCCUGCUUCCAGAAUUCGAUGGUGAAAACCUGCGGAUGUGCUCAGUACGCUCAGCCCCUGCCUGCCGGAGCCGAAUUCUGCAACUAUAAAAAAUACCCCAAUUGGAUGUACUGCUACUAUAAGCUGCACGAACGGUUUGUGAAAGAGCAGCUGGGCUGCCAGCAAAUCUGCAGAGAAGCUUGCAAAUUGAAGGAGUGGGCCCUCACCACCAGCCUGGCCCAGUGGCCGUCCAGCGUGUCUGAGGAAUGGAUCCUUCGAGUUCUCUCUUGGGACAAAGGCCUAAAGGGCCACAAGAUGUUAAACAAGACAGACCUGGCAAAUCUCGUGGUGUUCUACAAAGAUCUGAAUGAGAGGUUCAUCACCGAAAACCCAGCCAACAAUAUUGUCCUGCUCCUAUCCAACUUUGGGGGCCAACUGGGGCUGUGGAUGAGCUGCUCGGUGGUCUGUGUCAUUGAGAUUGUGGAGGUCUUCUUCCUGGACACGCUCUGCAUUGUCCUGCGCCACCAGUGGCAGAAGGCCAAGCGGUGGUGGAGAGGGCAAUCAAGCACGCAGGACCGAGAAGAGGAGGAUGGCGCACCCCCAACCAGCCCAGAGCAAGGGUACCACAACGCUGCCUGCGCCCAGGAUGACGAUGACCCCCCCACCUUCAACACGGCCAUGCGGCUGCCCCCGCCCCAAACGCCCCCACCCAACUAUAACACUCUGCGACACAUCCGCCCCUUUUCGGAGCAGUUGGCAGACACCCUGGAGGUCAGGGCCCAGUGA